AUGUUUCACAAAUCUAUUGUUCUUUCUGCGCUUCUGAAAGGGAUUUACUGCGUCCAACCUGAGGCGCCGUCUCCUAAAGCGGCUCCCCUGCGUGAUCUACCUUGGGCGCAACUUAACUUCCUGCAUACUACUGAUAUCCAUGGGUGGUGGGGAGGCCAUCUACAAGAGGCGUCGUUUUCGUCCGAUUGGGGCGACUAUGUCUCAUUUGCUCAGCACAUGCGUGACAAAGCAGACGCGGAUGGGUCGGACUUUCUUCUUGUAGACACCGGAGACAGAGUAGAGGGAAACGCUAUCUACGAUUCCUCUAAGCCUCGAGGAAAAUUUACAUACGAAAUUGCCAAAGAACAAAACAUCGAUCUGAUCUGUUCUGGGAAUCACGAACUUUACAAAGCAAACACUGCCGAGGGUGAAUAUUUCCAUACAGUUCCUGACUUCAAAGAGAACUACUUGGCUUCUAAUCUAGACAUCUAUAACCCCAAGACCGGAAAGCUGGAGCCACUCGCGCCGCGCUUCAAAAAAUUCACUACUAAGAACCAAGGCAUACGUAUCCUAGCUUUUGGAUUCAUCUUCGAUUUUACAGGCAAUGCAAACAACACUGUGAUUCACAGAGUCGAAGACACGGUGCAUGAAGAGUGGUUCAAGGAAGCCCUCAAAGAUCAAGACAUCGACCUGAUCAUCGUCUUUGGUCACGUCGAUAUCCGUUCUGAAGAGUAUGCAGUGCUCUUCUCUACUAUUCGUUCCCUGCACUGGGAUACGCCUAUCCAGUUCUUCGGAGGUCAUACGCAUAUCCGUGAUUAUAAGGUUUUUGACGCCAAAGCUGCUGCUCUCGAGAGUGGGCGGUAUAUGGAGACGCUCGGCUUUGCGUCUAUCAACGGUCUCAGUACUCGCGGCACGAAAGAUAGAGCGCCUGCACUCCAGAGCCCAAAGCUCACAUUCUCUCGUCGAUAUAUUGACAACAAUCUUUACUCGAUGCAACACCACAGCGGGAAGGACGCGAAAUCGUUCGCAACUGACCAUGGGAAAAAAGUUUCCAAGGCGAUCGGCGAAGCCAGAGAAUCUCUCGGACUUGGGAAGGUCUACGGCUGUGCGCCACAAGAUCUUUGGAUCAGUCGUCGCCCUUACCCGCACAACGAGAGUAUCUUCACUUGGAUCGAGGAACAGCUACUACCUCAGACUAUCGAGAAAUCCGAUCGCAUCCAGAAUGGCAAGAAGGCGUUUGUGAUUACCAACACCGGUGCCAUCCGUUUUGACAUUUUCAAGGGAGCUUUCACCAAGGACACGAAGUUCCUAGUCUCGCCGUUCACAAGUGGCAUCCGGUAUAUCAAGGACGUACCUUACAAAGCCGCCAGCCAAGUACUCAAACUUUUGAACAACGAAGGACCUAUUAUGCUGGCCAUGAUGGAAAGCAACGCAUUCCUGCAGCCCCCAGAGGUUUUAGCAGCACGGUCUCGACCGCACAUGCUCACAUCUUUCGACUCUGCUUUUGCCGACCUCCAUGAAGGCCAAACACCUCUCCGCAAUAUGGAUGAGCCAAAACCUUUCCCAGGUUAUACCACCAAAGACGAUGCCGGUGCGGAUGGCGACGACACAGUUCAUGAGCCCAUCGCCUUCUACAAUGUUCCCAACUGCAUUCAGUCAGCUGUUGGCUUCGAUCGACCAGGAAACAAAGUCCAAGAACCAGAAACCGUUGAUCUCAUGUAUAAUCAGUUCAUUGAGAAAUGGAUAUUGCUGGCGCUUGAGUACUUGGGUGCGCAGCGUGGGCUGGAGGAUACUGAGGCGUUUGAUAACGAGAAAAGCUUCACGGAUAUUAUGACGGAGUGGGUGGAGGAACAUUGGGGGAGUGAAGGUAAGGGAUGUUAA